CGACGCUCACGGGGCGUUGCCCGGAAGCGGAAGCGUGUCGGCCGGCGCUGUGGUGCGGAAGCUGCUGGUGGAGGCCUUCGGUUCGGUUCGGUUCGGUUCGGGGCCGCAGUCCGGCUCGUGUCGUGUCCUUCCGCCAUGUCGGGCAACCUGCAGAAAGCGGUUGACCUGGCUAGUAAGGCAGCACAAGAAGAUAAAGCAGGCAACUACGAAGAAGCCUUCCGCUUGUACCAGCAUGCUGUGCAGUAUCUUAUCCAUGUUGUUAAAUAUGAAGUACAGGGUGAUAAAGCAAAGCAGAGCAUUAGGAUGAAGUGUACAGAAUACUUGGACAGAGCAGAAAAACUGAAGGAAUAUCUGAAAAAGAGAGAAAAAACUGCACCAAAGCCAGUUAAAGAGUCUGGUCCUGCUGAUGGAAAAGGGAAUGACAGCGAUGGGGAAGGAGAGUCAGAGGAUCCUGAGAAAAAGAAAUUACAGAAUCAACUUCAAGGUGCCAUUGUUAUGGAGCGGCCAAAUGUGAAAUGGAGUGAUGUUGCUGGCCUUGAAGGUGCCAAAGAAGCUCUUAAAGAAGCAGUGAUCUUGCCCAUUAAGUUUCCACACUUGUUCACAGGAAAGAGAACCCCCUGGAGAGGAAUUCUUCUGUUUGGACCACCAGGAACAGGAAAGUCUUACCUAGCAAAAGCUGUUGCAACAGAAGCGAACAAUUCCACUUUCUUUUCAGUAUCUUCCUCUGACCUGGUCUCAAAGUGGCUGGGAGAGAGUGAAAAAUUAGUGAAAAACCUAUUCCAGCUUGCCAGAGAAAACAAGCCCUCUAUUAUCUUCAUUGAUGAGAUCGAUUCGCUGUGUGGGUCAAGAAGUGAAAAUGAAAGCGAGGCUGCUAGACGGAUUAAAACAGAAUUUUUAGUCCAGAUGCAAGGGGUUGGCGUUGAUAAUGAAGGAAUAUUGGUCUUGGGAGCAACAAACAUACCUUGGGUUUUGGAUUCUGCUAUCAGGAGAAGGUUUGAGAAGCGUAUUUAUAUCCCUUUACCUGAAGACCAUGCCAGGGCUGCCAUGUUCAAACUUCACCUCGGGUCGACUCCAAGUCUCCUAACAGAAGCAGAUUAUCGGGAGCUUGGAAAAAGAACCGAUGGCUACUCUGGUGCAGAUAUAAGCAUCAUUGUACGCGAUGCACUGAUGCAGCCUGUUAGGAAAGUGCAGUCAGCUACUCACUUUAAAAAAGUAAAAGGACCAUCAGUGUCAAAUCCAAACACAGUGGUAGAUUUGUACACCCCUUGCUCUCCAGGUGAUCCUGAUGCUGAAGAAAUGACAUGGAUGGAUGUUCCAGGGGAUAAAUUACUGGAGCCUAAAGUUUCCAUGGCCGACAUGCUCAGCUCACUAGCUAGCACGAAGCCAACAGUUAACGAGCAGGACCUGGAGAAGUUAAAGAAAUUUACAGAAGACUUUGGUCAGGAAGGCUAAGCCAAAGAUGUCCGUGGAUCAUUCGAACUUUUGCUUUCUUAAGUAUUCUUGUGUCUUUAUCAAUGGCACUCCAAAUAAAUGCCGAUAAACUCUCUCCUUUCUUGUUUUGCAGAAGGAAUAGAAGAUCUGUUUGCAAAGACCCUUACGCUUUUAUAUUGUAUUGUUUUCUUCAGACAUCUAUUCAGUGUCUUCUAUCGGAAAAUAAUACCGAAAAUACAAUUUUAGCAAAGUGAUGUGGCAACUCAUGUGAAAUAUUUGUAAUUUUUCAAUGAUGGGUUCAGUUUUAGCUAUUCUAUUAGGCCUGGGCAUGAGCGAGUUUUGAACUUCCAGUAGGCUCAAAAAGAAACCCUUUUUUGAGGGUGCAAAGAGAACCGAUUUGCCAGGUGUUUUCAGUAGCCGUCAGCCCACAUGUUGAUUACUCCUUUCAUUUAGAGAAAUGCAACGAGAUUUGGUAAUUGAACAUAACUGUGUGUUUGCUGUUAAGGUAAGAAAGAAAACACUGUGAGGGGAAGACUGUAUGAGCCAGUGCUUUGUUUCAAUACUGAUGAAUGCGGUAUUCGGCUUUUUCUGCUGUGCUGUGUUAGAAAAUUUUGCCUUAAACAGCAAGCUUUUGUUUUUAACUCUUUACUAGCUGAUACACAUGUCACUAUGCAAUUGAGCAAAGAUGUUCGUUACAUGCAAGUAUGGGAAAGAUUUUCUGAUGGCUGGUUUUUUAAAUCCGGUUUUAUCAGAGUUUUGGCUAAAGGUAGGAAAAAAAGCAUUGAGUAGCACUUGUAAGAUUCUGUAUGUUAAGGCUGGCAAGGUAUGGAUAGUCCUUGAAGAGUGUAAGGGAGGCGUUUUGGGAAGCAGCAUACUCUCAGGGGUGAGGAGCACGUAGCACGAUAUAGCCGCAGACUUUGCAGUGAUAGGUUAAUUCAGAGCCCCGCUGAUCACUAUGGCGUCCAGGUUACAUCAACUUAGCGCUUCAUCUUUGGGAAGAGGCUGGCACUUUAGUGCAGAAGUAGCGCUUCUGUUGAUUAUUGUUUUUAAGAACUACAGAUUGAAACGUGCCUGAACUUACAACGCUACAGUGUCAGCACUGAGUUUGUGCCUUGUAAGUUUGCACUGGCUGUAGCUGCGAAACAUGGUUGGGAUACCCAGAACGCUCUGUUCUGUAAUGGUUGUGCAACUCUGUUGUGCGUAUGCUUUGUUUAAGUUGCAUUCAAAGAAAAUUGCACACUUCAUGUGCAUAUGUUACACGUACACAUGCACAUAGAUGAUUGUCUUUUUAUGGGUUUUGGUUUCCUUUAUGUACAUAUUUUGUGUACUUGAUAAAUCAUAGGAUGGGUGAAACUUGCUGUGCUUAAAUGAAGUAAAAUGUACAACACCAGUUCUGUUCUGUGAGUGUUUCUUCAAUGUUACUUUCAAGAAUUUAUCGCUUCAGUUUAGGCUUUUGUUUCUACGUUUGACAGCUAAGCAAAAUACUUAGAAAUUCUUUCAUCUGCGAGGUGCUGAGCUUCUGUUUACUAACAGAAUGAAAUGUUCUUUCCAAAGUCGUUCAGUUUCACACAGCUUUACUUUGGUCUUGCACUGGAAAAUGUGAAUGUGAUUCAGUGAGCUGCAAAUCUUUUUGUGGACCUUUGUGGGCCAGCGGGGAAAUUCCAGUGGAGAUGCAAGUUACUGUGGUUUGUAAACUUAAUCUUAGUUGCAGCAGGGUUGUUUGUUCUCAGUUGCCCCUGGUGAACACUUCAGAAGUGAGCCACGCUCUGGCAUUGCUCUCACCUGGAGGACUGAAGCUGCUGUCUGAAUUACUUGUUAAUUGACCUUCAUAAAUGACAGUCCUUUAUGGCAAUCUUAAAAUUCUCAGGAAAUGUGUUUCUUUGUUGUCGUCGUAAGUCAGUUUAUCCUAUGGGUUUCUCUAAACCUAACUGUAAUCCCUUAUCUUUAAUGUACAAAAGUAUGCUGUAUGUUUUAAACUUGCAUCUUGCUGCUUGCUCAGUUGUGGGAUGACAUCUGUAAUGGAAACUUUGGUGUUUCAAGUUGUUUUUAGAAAUAUUCCAAAUAAACACCGCUGGUUAGAACUGCAGCUGCAAGGAUAA